AUCAUCAAACUAACUAUGGAAAAGAAAAAUUUUCUUGAGAGAGACGACCUCGAGACUAUGUCCAUGGAGCCGCUUAGCCCAAUGUCACAGAUGCUAAGUUCGCCAAAUUUGUUCAUUGUGAUAACUUUUGGGUUUAAAACUAAAUGCAACCCAUCGGUCUUUGUUGAAGGCUUCAAGACCACACUGAUCAAUGCUCCCAGAUUUUCUAGCAAAAUGGUUAUUAACUAUAAGAAAAAUGGAGAACCGGUCUGGAUUCCUGUAAGCAUCCGAGUAGAAGAUCAUGUAACUGUUCCGGAUCUUGAUUACCCCAAUAUCGAAAAUCCUGAUCAGUUCCUAGAAGACUAUACUUCAAGAAUUGCUAAUAUUCCAAUGGACAUGUCUAAACCCCUUUGGGAACUCCAUUUACUCAACAUAAAGACAUCAAAUGCAGAAUCUGUUCUUCUAGCAAAAAUACAUCAUUCAGUUGGUGAUGGAAUGUCUCUUAUGUCUCUUUUGCUUGCUUGUUCAAGAAAAACAUCAGACCCUAGCGCACUAAUUUCUAAUUCCUCGGCCACAAAAAAACCCGUUAAAUCCAUGAUUUCGGCAUGGUGGUUGAUUGCUGGACUUUGGUUUAUGAUAAGAGUCACCUUCACCACCCUUGUUGAGUUUUUCAAGUUAAUGCUUACAACAUGUUUCUUGCGGGAUACCAAAAAUCCUCUAAUGGGAAACCCCGAGGAUGGAACUCAAUCUUGGAAGGUUGUCCAUCGGAUAAUAAGUUUUGAUGAUGUCAAAUUAGUGAAGAACACAAUGAACAUGAAGGUGAAUGAUGUCCUUCUUGGAAUGACCCAAGCAGGUCUUUCAAGAUAUUUGACUACAAAAUAUGAUGGAUAUACAAUGGCCCAGAAGAAAAAAAUCUUGGAAAAAAUCCGUUUUCGUGGAGCUGUAGCUAUAAACCUAAGACCAGCAACGAAUAUAGAGGAUUUGGCUAAUAUGAUGACGAAGGGAUCAAAGUGUAGGUGGGGAAACUUCAUAGGAACUAUUAUAUUUCCAUUAUGGAUAAAAUCAGAGAACGAUCCUUUGGAGUACGUACGAAGAGCCAAAGCUACUAUGGAUAGGAAGAAAAUAUCACUAGAAGCAUUCCUUUUCUAUGGAAUCAUUAAAUUCACCUUGAAUUUUUUGGGGGGAAAGUCAGUAGAAGCUUUUGGAAAGAGGAUUUUUGGUAACACAUCAUUGGCAUUUUCAAAUGUGAAAGGUCCCGACGAAGAAAUAAGUUUAUUUGGCCAUCCAAUCUCUUAUGUCGCAGGAAGUGCAUUAGUUGGAUCACAAGCUCUCAAUAUCCAUUUCAUAAGCUACGUAAACAAGAUUAUCAUCAAUCUAGCUGUGGAUACAACGACAAUUCCAGAUCCUCAUCAGUUAUGUGAUGAAAUUGUAGAAGCGCUUAAGAUCAUCAAAUCAGCAGUACAGGAGAAAAGAUCUCAUAAGAUGGAGGUGUGAAGCAUGUUAUCGGAUGUUUAGCCCCUGCAGUUCUCCAAUAUAUAAUUAUGAAGUCUUUUAUUUUUGAAUAAAUUCGUUAAUGUUAUGAAUAUUGUGGUGAUGCCCAUUAUGAAAAGUCUUUAAUAUAUUUGUUUCCCAAAUUUUACUUAUUUUUCAAAUUAAACUUUGUCUCAAAGUUAUUGUACUCUAACUAUAUAAAUAAUUCAUUAUU